AUGACCUGGCCAAGCUACAUGUGCUUACACCAUUCCCUCUUAUCUCCCUCUUCUCUCGCUGUGCCUCCCCUCCCCCCACUGCCAGACCGCAGUCUGGGGUACGUCCCCCCCAUGACCAAGGACCUUAAUCCCGCCAAGCUGCCCAAUCUCAACACCACGCUCGACCCCGCCUCGCAGAAGAUCACGUGGGAUUUCAAGAAGAGCGUGAACCACAGCAAGUAUUUUCCUGAAGACGAUUUCGACCAGGGCAACUGCGCGCGGGCGGUGCAGGGUGCGUAUGCGAAGCUCAAAGAGACGGACGAUGAUGUGUUCCCCAGCGGAAUGAGCCCGUCGGUGCAGCACUUGGUGGACUGCACGGGCGUUGCUGCCUCGUGCCGGGGGGGUUACCCCGAGGCUGCCCUGCAGUAUGCCGCCAAGAUCGGGCUGCGGGACGAGGCGGGAUAUGCCUACACGGGGGAGAGCGGCAAGUGCAGUGUUAACGAGGACUCGCAUGUACGAGCAGGUGCCACUGCCGCCGGGGCCGCUGGGGCUGGUGGCUGGCCAAUGCUCCCUCCCUCUUCCUUACCGUGUGCUUUCUCUUCCCCACCACCCCUCACCACCCCUCUCCACCGCUCUCAGGAUUUUUUCAACAUCUCAAUGUACGAGCUGGUGCCACUGCCGGGGCCGCUGGGGCUCAUUCUUGCGCUGCAGAAGCAGCCCGUCAUCGUCACCAUCCGCGCCUCCUCCCAGGACUUCAUCGACUACGCGGAGGGCUUGAACUGCUACAACCCCGUGGGGGAGGUCGUUGUGGAUACGCGGGGCAACGGGUUCAGUGCGACAGCUACAGCCACCAACAACACGGGGCUGCUGGACCACGUGAUGCUGGCCGUGGGGUACAACUACGAUGUGCUGGGCAGCGCGCAGAAUAACUUCAUUCUGAAGAACAGCUGGGGCCCGCAGUGGGGCGAGAAUGGGUACAUGCGGAUCCGCAUGGAGGGUGAUCCGUUCAGCACGUGCGGCAUGCUGGUCAACCGCGGGCUCUACCCCGUUGUGAACUCCCAUAGCAUCUCGCCAGCCCGCCAGACCACGGACCCCUUCGGCACGUCGCCGUACGGGGGCGGCACGUGUGUGGCGGACACAAGUGGUAACGGCAAGUACACAUGUCAGUGCUCGGACCUGCUAGCACCCGCUGAAAACCGCGACGGCACACCCACCUGCAUUAUCAGUGAGUGGGCCCUUGUGAGCCGACAUCUCCAUUGUGCUGCCCAGAAACCCCUGCAGCGGUUACCUGCUCUCACUCCCCCACUUCUCUCUCUUUCUCCUUGUCCCCUCCCACAGUUGACAUCUGCAGUGUGUUGCCCAACAACCCAAAUGUCGUGGCCCAGUGCAUCAACGGUGGCAAGCAUCGCAUAUCCCGUCUCGUUCCCCCCAAUCCUCUCUCAUUCUCCCUCUCCCAUUUAUCCUUCCUUUUCAGUUGACAUAUGCAGUGUGCUGCCCAGCAACCCGUGCGUCAUCGGGCAGUGCAUCAACAGCGGCGACGGCGGCUACUCGUGCCACUGCCCGCCCAACUACAAGACCAGCACUCUCGCCUCCGAUCAAAUUACUUGCGUGCCUGGUAACCAAAGAGAAAUGGGGGAGGCGGGAGGCGAGAAGAUGUCAACGUGUAGUGCAGCAGCGGUGCAGGGCACGUACACAGUGCAGGGGGGGGAGACGUGUGGCGCCAACUUUGGCUUCAUCGGCCUCACCCAGGACCAGUUCCUCCUGCAGAACGAGGGAGUGGACUGUGAAGAUCUGGGGGCGGUGCUCAACAUCUCCAUCCCCUCCUCGGCUCAAGUGUGUCGCGUGUGCUACACUGUCACCCAGGCGGAUGCGGCAGCACAGAGCUGUGAUCCCAUCAACAGCCGCUACGGCAUAGACGUCAUGACCAUCAACCCCAACCUCGAUUGGACAACCCUGGUGCCCAACCAGCAGGUGAGGGGAGUGGGGAGUGACGGGCGUAUCAUGGGCUUUAGGUGGGGGAGUGGUGUCAGGAGCAGCGGGCUACAACCCGUGCACGGAGUACCAGCCAGACACCCAGCAAACCACCUGCACCCCUCUCCUCUCACUGUCCUACGCUCUCUCUCGCCCUCACCUCAGAUCUGCAUUCAAGCUGGAGACGCGGUGUCAGGAGCAGCGGACUACAAUCUCUACACGGAGUAUCAGCCGGUCACGCAGUGGUUCACGUGUGCCAGCGCCGUCGCAAACUACGGCAUGACGUGGUUCGACCUCUACCGCCUCAACCCCGGCAUCAACUACGACUCUCUCAGCACGCUCACAGGCUCUGAGAUUUGCACGGCUGGCAUGCCGAUGGGAGCGGUGGCGUGCGGUAAGGCGCGGUCGAAGACGGUGGCGAGCCGGCGGUACACGGUGGGGGCGGGGGACAGCUGUGCGUCGCUGGUGGUGGUGCAGUUCCAGUGCCAGCCGCCGCUCGUGGGCGAACUCAACCGCGGCUGGAUGUGCCGCUCCCAGUCCCUCUUCGCCGGCAUGCCCCUCUGCGUCCCCUUUUAG